AUGUCACAAAAUAAUCACCCACAAAAUAACAAUAAUUAUUCCAAUUUGCAAACACCAACUUAUAGCGAUACUUCAUCAAAUAUUAAUGAUGAUGCUUACAGCCACACGAAUGGUUAUCCUGGUAAUACCUUCUCAACACCUUACCAAGGAAAUGUUGGCCAACAACCCAUGAUGGACUAUAGUCCUUCAACUCAAUUUUACCCUGCUAUGUAUCAUCAUCAUGCUAAUCAUGCUAAUGAGCACCAAAACCCACCGUUGACUGGUAAUAAUAAUAUCUCUAACACGACGAUUAAUUCUCCUCCUGGAAUUUUCGUAUUUAACAUCCCCGGCUUCAGGAUUAUCGUUAUACCCGAUUCCUCUUCAAAUUUUGUCCCACCUAACCCGCCCCCUUUUUAA